GUUCGGCGGCAUGUUAUGACUGUUGUCGAGCAGCAGGUGGCGACCGUGGUGAGUCUGCCCUGAGAGAGCUGAGUCACACACACAAACAAACGAAGUUAGAAAGAGUGUGAGGAAAGCCCAGAAAUCCCUGUGAUCACAGAGCUGGUUUGCGUGGAAACAUGCUGACGGUCACGCUGAAGACACUGCAGCAGCAGACGUUCAAGAUACAGAUCGACCCGGAGCUGACGGUGAGAGCCCUGAAGGAGAAAAUAGAAGAGGACAAAGGGAAAGAUGCUUUUCCUUCUGUGGGACAGAAACUCAUCUAUGCAGGCAAGAUCUUAAAUGAUGAUAUCCAACUGAAAGAGUACAACAUCGAUGAGAAAAACUUUGUGGUGGUCAUGGUUACUAAGCCUAAACCAGCCCCUCCUCCACAAGGGGCCACUCAGCCUGCUCCCCAUCAAACUGCAGUUUCAUCGCCCCCCUCAGUCACAGCUCCAGCACCAUUAUCAUCUCCAGCACUACCCCCAACUCCAACUCCAACUCCAGCUCCAGAACCACCCUCCACCAUCGCUGCAGCUCCAGCACCACCCUCUGCCUCAACUCCACCACCACACUCAGCCACAGCUGCAGCUCCAGCACCAUCUUCAGUCACAGCUGGAGCUCCUGCACUACCUUCAGUCACAGCUGGAACUCCUGCACCACCCUCAGCCACAGCUGCAGCUCCAGCACCAUCUUCAGUCACAGCUGGAGCUCCUGCACCACCUUCAGCCGCAGCUGCAGCUCCUGCACAACCCUCAGCCACAGCUGCAGCUCCAGCACCAUCUUCAGUCACAGCUGGAGCUCCUGCACCACUUUCAGUCACAGCUGGAGCUCCAGCGCCACUUGCAGCACCGCCAUCUGGUCCUCCAGCACCAGCUCUUGCAGCCCUGCCUGCAGCCCAGUCAGUUGCUCCCUCUGAAUCUCCUCUCCCUAUCCCAGAAAACACUCUGAUGGACCCCCCCUCUGCUCCAGCCUCAGUUCCUGUUGGCCAGUCAGAGGACAAAACAAAUGAAGCCCCUGACAGUGAAACACCUGCCACCGCCCCAGUCCACUCCUCUACUUCCAGCCUUGUUGAUGAACUGGGUCUCCUUGAGGAAGCAGCAUCAAUACUUGUGACUGGUCUGGCCUAUGAAAGCCUGGUGUCAGAGAUGAUGUCUAUGGGAUACGAACGAGAACAGGUUGUGGCUGCACUCAGAGCCAGUUACAACAACCCAGAUCGAGCAGUGGAGUAUCUACUCAUGGGUAUUCCUGCAGAGGCCAGUGACCCACCCCCUCCAGAUCCCGUUAGACAAAGUGCUCCACCCAACCCCUCCACCCCUGCCACACAACAACCACAGCAGCCCCCAGUAGCCUCCAACACAGGGCCACUAUCUGGCAGUCUGCCUCCCAGUGCUGGGGGAAGCUCUAGCCCCACAGGCAACCCACUGGAAUUUCUAAGGAACCAGCCCCAGUUCCACCAGAUGAGACAGAUCAUUCAGCACAACCCGGCUCUCCUGCCGGCCUUGCUGCAACAGCUGGGCAGAGACAACCCACAGUUGCUGCAGCAAAUCACGCAGCACCAGGACCAUUUUGUGCAAAUGCUUAAUGAGCCACAAGGUGGAGAUGCAGGAGGACAAGGGGAAGAGGUCCAGGGGUCAUCGCACACAAACUAUAUUCAUGUCACCCCACAGGAGAAGGAGGCCAUAGAGAGGUUAAAAGCACUGGGCUUCCCUGAGGGCUUAGUCAUCCAGGCUUACUUUGCAUGUGAGAAGAACGAGAAUCUGGCAGCUAACUUCCUGCUCCAACAAACCUGGGACGACGAGUAAACCAGCAACACCUGCUGCACCUGCAGAGAGCUGCAUAGCAGAACGCAGCCCUGCACAGGCCUUCUGGGAGGAAGAGGACAUUUCUAUUCAUGAUGGUGCCUGUGGUCUGGUCUGAUGAUGAUGAUGAUAAUGAUGUGCUGUUUAAAGUUAGUUAUGCUGCCUACACUCCAUACAGCUGUAAUGAUUAUCAUCUGCUGCUGACAGAGGUCACAUCAGCAUCACUUCAUAGGUUGCAGACUUUAUCAUCAGCCUGGGUUCAACUCAAGAUGUGCAGUUUAUGCUGUGUGUGUAGUUCAUAGCAAGAAAGAGAGAAACACAUUAGCAAACUCUUCGUGUUACUGCUGCUUGCUUCAGCGUUUGAGAACUAGAGCCGCUUUCUUCAGCUUGAAUUCUCCAAUUUCUCCUGCUUUUUACCUCAAAAUAUCAAUGAUUCAGUUAGUCCACAUUAAAACAGAAGGGUGGUGUUUGAGCCUUCAUCAGUCAGAAACGUAGCUGUUGUCAUGGGGAGGUGGAUUCUGCAUAGUCAUGAAUUCAAAUUACAGUUAUGUAUUUGAGAUUCUAAUUUAGGUCAAAUAUUGAUGGUGAUUUGCUGAUAACUGUGAGCCAAGACCUACUGUGUUUGUUUGGGGUGGGUAUGUCAGGAUGUGGGCAUGUGUUUGUUUUUUGUAUUUUUAUCUUUUCACUGUGAGUUGUUCUCAUCAUUGUCACACCAGUAGUAAAGGUCAAAACCACUAACAGUUUGGCCAAAUGUGUCUUGGCCUUGGCCAAAGGCAGAAAUGAUGAACAACAGAAACAGUCCCCUGCUGUGAAUAUUAGAAAAGUUGUAUUUUUAUGGAACUGACUCAUCCAGGUGCAGCACUUGGAUUCAGUUUGAACCAUCAUCAGGUCUUUCUAUGCUCUUUAUUUUCCAGAUGGGAAAAGUUUGAUAUGAGGUGAGCACACUACAUACUUUGUGAACUACACCUUGUUAGAAAAUGAAUCAAAUUAAGUAAACAAAAAUGAAUUUCCUUUGUCCCAUCUUGCCACAUCCUCUCUGGAUCUUGUGGCUGUAAGGAGUCAAGCUGUUGCUUCUUCAUGUCUUAUGGUGAAAGACAACAGGGACAUUGGUGUUCAUGUUGAAUUAAUUGCUGUUUUUCUCUAAUGAACUGAAGGGGAUUUUUUGCUAAAUUGCAGACAAACGUACCAAAACCUUCAGCAUGUGCUUUGCUGCAUGAGUGUUUGAAACUGGCAAUUUUUAUUUCCGCUGCAGGAGGACAUAACCGACUGAGGAGCUGCUUCACUGUGACAGUUACUGGUGUUGCAUGAGAUGGUUGUUUGGAGCAUGGCAAGGAAAGAAGAAACUCACCAGUAAUUUAUUCAGAUCAAAUCUUCUUUCCUCUUUUGGUUGAUCAGAAAAGACUUGACAACCAUAAAUGAAGCAGUUUUAUUUAUGAAAAUGUUUAAGCAAUGUGUAAAAUAAAAAGCUUUUACAAAAUUAAA